AAAUAGCCCCGCCGAAUGUGCCCCUCGCAGAGCCAACCGAAGCUGAGCAAAGGAGGCUGGAGAGAGAGAGAGAGAGAGGGGAGAGCGGGAAGUGGGCACAGGAGGCAGUGAUGGACGAGCCAAAGGGUAAGGAACCAAAAUAAGUCGCUCUGAAUUGGAACAGGGGGAAGAAAAGAAGAAGAAGAAAGAAACCAGGCAUCCCCCCCUCCUUUCCCUCCCCCACCCCCUACUCUCCCCCAAAGGAAGAAACUGAAAGGCGGCGGGGGGAGAGAAGGAUUUUUUUGCUGGCAGCUCUGCCGGGCUGUGAUGUCAGCCUCGACACACUCAGACAAAAAAGUUUGAGGAAUUCAUGAAUAUUCAUACGGAGGGUAUAGUCAUUCGGAUUUGCCAUUCAAGAGGGAGCUCGUGGAAGCGUCUUCCUUCCGAAUGUGUCUCCCAGCAAGCAGGGAGGGGGCGCAGGCUGCACAAGCUCCCUGGGGAACCCUCUCUUUUCGUGUGUGUGUGUGUGUGUGUGCGUGUGUGUGCGUGUGUUGCUUCCCGAGGUGAUGAGUUCACCGUUAAGGAGAUUUAGUUCAGUCCCUGAAACAUGCAGGUUUUCUGCAUUCCUUCCAGUCUGUAAAAGUGGCAUGGUUUUUUCCCCUGCUCCUAGUUUGCGCUGUGUGGGAAGCGAGAGAUGAGAGUGUGUGUGUGUGUGUGUGUGGUUGUUUUUGUAGCAGAGAGAGGGCGACCUUGCCUCGGGAGGUCAGGAACCAAUGAAAUGAACUCUGGUAAUUGGGACAUGUAAGGUGAUGACAUGGAGCAGGGUCUCCCACGCAGGGUUGUUGUCAUCCUUGAUUAGAAUGAAGGAGAUGGAGAAGAUUGUACUUGUAUGUAUGACCAUAACCUGGUAAGAGGGUGUGGGGAGGACACAGCGGUGCCUUGGGGUGUUUUUGCUCAAGCAAUUCAACUGUUCUUUCUUCAGCACACCGGCUACUUUGUGUUAUCUUUGGCACUCCAUAUUGCAUUAAUCAAAAUAAUGUGUGACACAGAUUCUGGGAGAGACGCUCCGAUGUGCUUUUAUGUGUCUAGGGUUGUCACUCUCGGUGUCAUCGCUGCAUCCAAGAGGGAAGGAUUGUAGCUUAGUGGUGAAACAUAUGCUUUGCAUGCGAAAGGUCUUGGGUUCUGUUCUUUGCCUUUUCUGGUUAUAGAGUCAGGGAGCAUAGGGCAGGGUCAUAGAAUUGUAAAGUUGGAAGGGAUCCCCCAACGAUAAUCUAGUCCAACCCCUUGCAAUGCAGGAAUCAUGGCUAAGGAAUCUUUGACAGAUGGCCGUCCAAACUCUGUUUAAAAAGCUCCAGUGAAGUGUCCACAAUCUUCCAGGGUGGCCUGUUCCACUAUCAAACAGCUUUUACAACCAGAAAGUUAUCCCUAAUAUUGAGUUGGAAUCUCCUUUCUCAUAAAUUGAAUCCAUUGGUUCAGGUCCUAUCCUCCUGAAAACAAGCUUGUUCCACCAUUCAGGUAUCUGAAGAUGGCUAUCAUAUCAUCUCUCGUUCUUCUCUUCUCCAGGCUAAACAUUGCCAACGACCUCAACUAUUUCUCAUACGGCUUGGUUUCCAGACCCUUUGUCAUGGGGAAAGCUUCUUUGCCUGGGACCCUGGAGACCUGUUGUCACUACUGGGCUAGAUCACCAAAUUCUGAUCUAGUGUACAGCAGUUUUCUACCUAUGUGCACAUGCGCAGCAGGGGUCACCAACGUGGUGCCCUCCAGGUGUUCACCACAUCUCCCAUCAUUCCUGACCAUUGGCCAGGCUGGCUGAGGCUGAUGGGAGAUGCAAUCCACAACCCCUGCUGCUGCAGUCACUUGAGAAGGGAAUGCAAAGCAGCUCAGGCUUUUCUGGCUUCACUGCUGUCAGAGCAAAGUGGCUUUUGUUUGUUUUGCAGAAAGUGCUGGUGGAAAGCAGUGGCUGCAUCAAGGGACAGGUUUGAGUUGUGGAGGAGCUGGAAAGCUGUGAAAGCAGAAAUUGGUCCGCCGGUAGUAACAAAUGUACACAGUGACACUCUUCAUAGGAAUAUAGAGCAGGCAUCGGCAAACUCGGCCCUCCAGAUGUUUUGGGACUACAACUCCCAUCAUCCCUAGCUAACAGGACCAGUGGUCAGGGGUGAUGGGAGCUGUAGUCCCAAAACAUCUGGAGGGCCGAGUUUGCCUAUGCCUUAAAUAGAGGGUAGCAUCAUUUACCAAAGCAAAUGGAAUGUGAGAGUUGUCUAUAAGUUGCAUUGUUGAUAGCAGUAAUCUCUUUUCCCUGACGGAAGGCUGAUUCUUGAGUCAUGACUGUAUUGGGGGUUUCUUCUGCUGGCAACUCAAGUUGGGCUGUUACAAAAUUGUCAGUUACCUUUCCCACACAUUAUAUGUUUUUCUUUGUUGCCCAAAAAGUUGUGCCAUUCGGCUUGCCUGCAGCAGACGCAAGAAAGCCUCUUCUCCUUUUUUGUGGUCUCCUGGCUCGUGGCCUUCCACUUCCCCUUGGGACAGGAAACGGAGGAGCCACGAGGGGAAGCUUUACUUCAUGCUGAUGGGGUUGCCCUCUUUAAACCCUCUCCGCCAUUAGUGCGGCAGAAAGGAAAUCCAAUUUGCCUGGAGUGACACUACCGCUGCUUCUCCCUCCCACUCCUUUCUCUCCCCAGCAAUCACCUUAGAUAAGAAAACGAGAAAGUCAAUCUCCUCUUCCCAAUAUGUUGCUCAACAGGUACUCGUAAUAGUCAGAAGUUGGUUUGAAGUACGUACAGUAUUCAGAAAAAGAGUGCUCAUGUAUUUGAGGAACAUACUUUGCUAACCUCUUCCUGUAGGUUCUGGGGAAGAGUCUUAACUUCUAUGAAAUCGCCCUUUGAGUGAUUACUUCUGUGUGAUGCGGUAACCAGAGGAUAACUGUUGUAUGACUGACAAAGUUUGAGAUGGGUGUGAGGUUCUGUUGAUGAAAUCACGUCAGCUUUAUCUGCCUGUUCCUGGAUCAACUGGCCCCCUGAUGGGGUGUGGGCCCCUUUGCAGAUGCCGGGCAAUGCCAACCCUUGACAGCAACCCUACUAGUUACGCCCAUUAUUCCUCCUCCAGAGGCCACUGCAUUUAGAGACUGAGGCUCUGAGCAGCUGGGAAAUGCAUGUAGGAAAGUAGUGUUGAUGUACUUAGUGCAAACCAUGGUUCCUUUUAAUGUAUGGUUCAAAUCUGAGAUUUAAAGCACAGGGCUUCCUCUAAACAAUCCCAGAAACUGUAGUUUGUUAAGGGUAUGUCAAGAUGCUGUCAGUGGCUCCCGGCUGAUUGCCCAAGAAAGUAUAAAGACAAGGAAAAGUUUAUUACAGUCCUUUUUUAUUUCAGUCUUUACAUAGAGAGGCUGUAGAACCCAGCCUCUUGGAUAAUGGUGUUGUCCUGCGUGAAUCUCCACCCCCCUGUCUCUCCUGCUUCCUCAUUCAUCACCAUCAUCACCACCUCCUCUACGUUUGCUGCUAAGUGCCCUCUGUCUUUGAGCUCUUCGCUCUCCUACUUUUAAGGUUUGCCAGGUUCUGGAAGAUGGAGGGUCUGGAAAGCUUUCUAAUGACAAUCUGUCAGCCAGGUGUUGCUCUGGCUCUCCCAUGAUUUCCCAACUUUUCUCCUCAUCCGCCUCAGAGCUGUGACUUCUCUGAAAGGGUCAGGAUAGGGAGGUGGUCUCCAUCAUUCCUCCUCUGCCCAGGGUGCUGGGAAUCGUAGCUCUGUGAGGAGUAAGCAAGAGUUCCUAGGAUUAUUUGGGGAAAGCCAUGACCCUUAAAGUUGAAUAAAUGUGCUUUCAAUGUAUGCUGUGACUGUGACCUUUCUUCACCAUAAUGGUCAUGCAAUACCAACUGUCCAGUGAAAGAUGCCCAAUCAGGUUUCUGACAAAUCGGUGAGGGUAAGACCCAGGACCUAAAGCAAGAUAAGUCUGAGCCCAGAAUCACAGAGCAGGAGGGGAUCUUGUCGGCUCCCUGGUUCAACUUGGUGGAUGCAAAAAGCGCAGCUCUAGAGCAUCACCAACAAAUACUUGGCUAGCCUCUGCCUGAAGAUUUCAGUGCAGUUAUUUGAAAUGAUGGUGGGCUUAAGGGAGGCUUCACCUCCUUGGUUGCUUAGAGCACAGAACAAGCAAACCUUAGAACCUCUUGUCUACAACAGGGAUCUAUCAGGUCACGUUAUCUGUUUUACCAUGCUGGUUUCUAGAGACUUCCUGAAAGUCUGGCUUGUAAAUCCCCUGUCUCUUUCCUUCGGUCAGCUCUUAACGAUGAUGAUGAACAGACAGGUAAAAGUCUUGUCAGAUAAAAUUUCCAGUACUACUAUGUUAAUAACAAGUCUCGUUACUGAGCUUUCAGACCCUGCAUUCAGGUCCCACUUGAGUUUGAACCCUGUCAGGUCUGGAGAUGGGGAAAAGGAAAACUCACCAUCAAUUGCAUGCAACUAUUCUUGGUCACCACUGCAGAGCAUCAGAGAAGGGCAGGAGAAGUAUCUGCCUCAACUGGUUGCUGCUUUCAGGAGGAAAGCAAAGAGGGCUAGAUCCUGUUGGAGUGGUGUCUUCAACAUAACUGUGCCUGCCAGAGUCAUACUGUGCCUGUAGGAGAUGCAAAUUGUGUGUUCCUGGGUGGUCUCCACAAGAUGCAUCUUUGUGGACAGUACUUACUCCAGACACCAAGCAGAGAGUGUCUCGUAGUAUGUGGUGAAGUCAAAACUGCCUUCUUUCUCCACAUGGAUAUGAAAGAAGCAUUUCUAGAGAGCAAGAAACUCCCCAUAGCACUGAACAGCAGAACUCAAAUAUGCUAAGUGUUUGGCAAACCAUUUCCCUAAUUGCUUGUGUCUGACUAGAUGUUACAUAGUCAUCAUACAAGUGUUUACUGCAUAGUCUGCUUCCCAGGUUAGACAACCCACAAAAUUGUUAUCUUGUUCUCAUCAAGUCCUUUGCAAGAACCCAAACAGAUUGGAGGUUGGAAGAGGCUGAUAAAGUCGUGAUGAUGCUUCUCUUAUAUAAAAAAAAUUCUUUUCCAUGUUGGAAUAAACAACAGAGGCUGUUAUUCAUGUUCAUUAUCCAAAUGACAGGGUGUCAAAUGUCUCGUUUUCAAGCAGAAGGCAGAGAGAGAUGAGAAAGAGAGGAGAGGCUGAGCUAAAUUCAAACGCUUUUUAAAAACCCUGUAUAUCCCUCCCCCCAGCUUUUCAGAAUGAUAAGCCCACAAAAUAUCAUGAGUGGAAGGAACACACCACCAUUUUCCAAAACCCCUUCAGCAGUAUGCAAAAAAAUAUAGAAUUCACAUUAUUUUCAAUUUCUGCAAUGUGAAGCGCAGCUGGAAAAAUUUAGCAUUCAUUUGUCUUUUAUGAGGAAGGAGCUGACAAGAACUUUGCCAUGCUUCUUAGCAUACUUCAGGAACAUUUCAUAACAACAUUGAAAUGUAAUGGAAAUGUUGGCCGGGUUCUUAAAAGAGCCGACGUUGUGUCCCAUUACAGUACAAAACAGUAUGGUAAAUAAACCCACAAAAGUUAUUAGCUUGCAAAGUUUUAUAGUGGCCCACUAUGAGUCCAGCAGCGUGCAUUUUCACAUCACAUAACGCAUUGCGUAACUAUGGUGUUCACUCCCACAAGAGGCAGGAAUGGCCACCAACUUGCUUAGCAUUAAAAGAGGAUUAGACAAAUUCAUGAGAGAUAAGGCAAUCAACAGCAAAACCUGAUGACUAUGUUCUUCCUCCAAUGUCAGAGACGGUCGGCUUCUGAAUAGUUCAGGAUCAUUCUGCCCCACCCUCUGCUAGUCCAUUGCAUGUUCCUUUCUCUGUAGGUAGAACAGAAACCAAGCAGGCUGGAGAAGGAAGGAUGGGGCAGUGUCUCCCUCCAUUUCUCUCUCUCACCUGCAUGGAAAUCCUGAACUCCUUUGACUGCCAGACAAGAUUUUAAAUACAAAGCUGUUAAAAAAUGCUUAGAAAUGGCUGGGUGCAAAGGGACCCUGUAACCUGAACUAUCUGAAAGUGAGCUGUUUGGAAAGCAUAUGUCCAGAGGCAGUGCGAGAAACUGCAGAGAAAGAGAUCUUUGUUGAUGCUCAGAUCUUUGAAGGUGUGCCUCCUCUUCCCCCAUUCCCUGGAGGAUAGGAUUCUGAUUCACUCUCUAGAGUCCGUUACAGCACACCACCGCCGGUCUAUAAACCUCAUCCAAGGAGCAUACGCAUCUUGCAUGACAUAGGGUUAUAUCACCCUGUCCUCAUGUCUAAAGAAUUUAGAACACACAUGUGGGGAUUUUGAUGAUGGGGCCUGUGAUGAAACGGCAUGCUGCACAAAACUCUGUGUAAACAGCCAGGGCUAACAACAAAGUAAGGAAAGGCAUAUUGCUAGCCCAUGUCUUCUCAGGAGGACUCAGGAUGCAAAUACUCAACAGGAGCCUCAGCUCCAUACAUGCGAUGGGUGACUACAGGGCCGUCUUUACCUGGGGGUGCAAGGGGUGCAGGGCACCCGGGAACCGAAUUCAGUGGGGCGCCAAAUGUAUACCUACUGUAUACAUCCCUGCCUCCCUCCUUUGUCGUUCUGUUACUCCGUAGCGUCAAAUAUUCCCAAGUCAGGAAACAGAAAGAAACUUUCGCCCCCCUAAAAAAAAGGUCAACAACUUUUGCUUCCCCCCUCCCCCAAAAAAGCUCAAGAAAAGUUAAUUUGGUGGUGGCUAAUCUAAAUUUGGGGGCGCUGGGCAGAUCUUCACACCCCGGUGGUACAUAUGCUAAAGACAGCCCAGGGUAACUAUAUUAUCUAAUACUGAAAGAGGACUUUGUGGCGCCAGAGACAGGGGACACAAAAUAGAAAGCAGUACUUACUCACCCCUUAGUGAGAAUCUAGGCACAGGAACUAUCUGUUGCAUCUGCUGACCAUUGCUGGUCAUUGUAAGUUCCUGCGGUUGAAUAUACACACCAGACAUUUAAUGUACUUGACUUCCUCCCAGAGAAACCUGGGAACUGUAGUUUACCCUCACUGAGCUACAAUAUCCCGCAUCCUUAACAAACCAAAGUUCCCAGGAUUCUUUGGGGAAAGUCAUGUGCCUUAAGUGUAUGGUGUGUAUGCAGCCGUGUGGCUCUUCAGGCAGUCCAGCAGCUCUCCUUGAGGGGCAGCAGCAAGGCCUGCAACACAGACAGCAGCAUCAAUGCCCAACCUGAAGCCAGCUGUUCCUCUGUGGCACAGUGGUUUAGAGCACCAUUGCUGUUUUUGCCCAGGGGGGUGUUCAAAUGAAUGUCCCACUUACAUGGAGGCCACAUCCAUGCCAUAUAUUUAAAGCUCUAUUGUACCACACUUUGGCUUUCACCAAAGAACCCUGGAAACUGCGGUUGUGAGUUGCUAAGAGACUCCAUCCCUGCCACAGAGCGGCAUUUCCUAGAGUUCCCUGGGAAGAAGGAGUGAUUGUUAAACCACUCUUGAGAACUGUAGAUCCAUAAACUGCAGUUAACAAACUGCAGUUCCCAGGAUCCUAUGCGGAGAAGCCAUGGCUGUUAAAGCAGUAUCAUAGAGUUUAUGUUGCCUCUUGUGGGUGUGGCCUCAGAGGGGGAGCAGGGCCAUGCCCCCCAGCUGUGUGUUUGGUGAGGAUGAGAAAGGGCGCUUCUUGGGCACUGACAAGUCUCUUGGCACACACAUAGGAACUAUGCUCAUACUUGUUCAACUCGUGUCCUUUGAGGGUCACGGCUGGUGUGUGGUGGAGCUAGCCUGUGCUGUUUAACUGAACCCCCUUUCCUGAAAAAUACUUCCUCUGGAAGGACCUGAAGUGUUGGAACAAUUGAGAACAAGUCGUUGCUGUUGCUGUUGCUGCUGCUUCUUCUUCUUCUUCUUCUUCUUCUUCUUCUUCUUCUUCUUCUUCCUCCUCCUCCUCCUCUUUGGUUUAUCACCUCCUUCCAGUUUUCUGGGCUUCAGAUUAGCUGCCAGUCUCACCAAGGUGAUUAUCAGAAGCAGGUUCCUCACAACUAACAAUUCUGAGAGCCUGGGAGUUGUACCUGCCAACAUUAGCAUGUGGUGUGCUUAACACAAUGAACCAUAUGCCCUAAGAAUAAUUGUGAGCAAAACCAAACAAGUCAAUGAUAUUGCAAAUAGAAUUGCUUUCAAACAUUAUCACAGACCAGAACAGUCUAUCCUCUGUGGGUAAAUAUACUAAAUAAUGCCCCUUAUGGGAGUAAUCCAUCUCUGAGCUCUUUGUUCUUGUCCUAAAAUGAACCUUUUAAAUGAAAACAAUACCGUGACUUUCCUGAGAACUAACAUUCAAAAACCGCCUGGGGGCUGAACAGAGAAAUAUCUUGGCCCUUUUUAACUGUCCACCACACGUUGUUAUUAUUUAUUAUUAUUAUUACAAAUGAUUUUGUACUGCUACGGAGUGGGCCUCAUCGUACAUGAAACGAUUAAAAUGCUUGCAGUGUUAACUCCUUGUUUUUGUUUAUAUUUAAAGUAACCUUUAGCUUAAUGCUACAAGAACUGCCAGUUUAAAUGUCUGCAUAACUCAGCUAUUGUUGCAAUAAUCCGGACAAGCUUUGUUCUUCUUACGGUGUCUAAUGACCACCUUUCAGUCUCCAGGAAGCUUCCGCUCUUCCUCUCCAGUGGCUGAGCUGAAACUAGGGGUAUUUUGCAAUGGUGUUUUGAAGUUUGUUAAAUUCUGAAACUCCACCUCUAAGCGGUGCUGUAAUUUGAAUUGUGAAGGAGUACUUGCAGAUUUUAGGAGUACUGAAGUUUGCGCUCAUAGCUAAAAACAUCUGUAUGCUUGGCACCCCUACAGGAAAAUACCAUAAGUUAUUAGAAUCAGUGCUACCUUGGACAUAGAAGCUAUCUAUGUAGACCCAUUCCUAUAGCCACAGACUUACAAGUGGUGCAGGAAGCCCCUUUUCUCAACCAAUAGCUUGUCCCUCCUCUGUCCCCUUCCAGCAGGAUUAUCAUAAAAAUCCUGCAAAGACUGCCCCUUCAUUUUUACAACACAUCCAUUCACACCAAGUUUUUAUUCUGAUGUCUUAUCAUUUAAAAUAUCGUAUACUGUAUUGCAGUCACACUGCAUUGUUCUCAGCCUCCCUAAGUGUGGGAAGAGUAGGAUACAAAUUAAUAAGUGAAAUAAGGCACCAUUGCAGAGCUGUAUUCUGCAUAUAUUCUAGUAUGCACACUUGGUGUUGCAGAAAUGGAAGCUGGUGCUCAGUGGUGCCACAGAGAUUGCCCCAUUUAAGAUUCGGAAAGAGCCUGCAGAGUGAGACAUGCUUGCUGACAGUUUGAUGGGUAGCUCUUAAUUUGAAAAAAGGGACACAGCGUGAGUAUUGUUAUUUGGGACAUUUAGAACCAAAUAUGAAAAAUGCACAGCAAACAAAAGCUAUGGAAGUUUAGCAUCUGGUGUCAUAUGUUAGGAACACUUUGGUCAGUAUUUAAAACUGCUUAUAUACCACAAACCAAUAAGGUGAUUUGGAUUUAAGUCAGUUUAGUCCUUUGUUCUUGACUGUAUUCGAGUCUUGGCACUCUAGUACAGUGCAUCUGCAACAGCCCAACUGGACUCCUUCAUCUGCCCCAGCUGCAACAAAACAUGUCUCUCCCGUAUCGGUCUUGACAUCCAGCAGCUUGACCUCACAAACAUAUACGCACCAAGGGGCAGUCCUCCAUUGUCUCCUGAGACAGAAGGAUGCCAACAAAGGAUUUUCCUUUGAGUCUAUGGUGGUAGCAGAAAAGACUACCACCACAGAAUCAAAAGAAAAUCCCCCAGACAAAUUAGUCCACAUUACCUCCUGCAAAAUAUAACACUGUGUAAAAUGAUGUAAAGAACAUAGUUUUAAUGCGGAAGUUCUGCCAUUUUCCCAAUGUGAUGCUACUAACACUGUCAUUUUAUCUGAAACAUAUUACACCAGUACCCGGCACUUUUCAAAUAAAUUGUGUUGGCCCCCAUCCCUCCAAACUUGAGCUGACCCUGAGAAUGACAAAUUAAGCAAAUUAACUGAUUUAAUCUCUUGCCUUCCUAUAAGAUCCAGCAGUUAUUGCUGGAAAUCAUCCUCUAAGGAGACAAUUGGAAGAGGAUGUAUGAAUGAGUGAGUGAGUGGAGACAAUGAACUCAGAUCACCCAUGCAGUGCAGACACGCUGAUUAUUUCCAGCCCUUUCUACUCCUGUCCCAACAGCUGUAGCUGAUUAUACUAAGUCCCAUUUCCUCACCAGACUUGAACACAGUUACAUAAAGCUGCUAUGUAGGCAGCAGCAACUUAAUCUCUUUGAUGCCCCUAAUAAGGUAAGUAUGCUUGGUCCAAAUGUGUGUACAGAAUUUCUGUUUUGGGCAAUCACAUUCCUGAGCUUUUAAGAAGAACUAGAGGUGCUUCUUGGAGAAAGGUCAAUGCGGGGGGGGGGACCCCUUUCUGCUCUCUUCACAGAAGAAGCAGUGUUUGCUUUUCACUUUUUUAACGUUUGCCAUCCUUUGAUCAAAGAUCAGUUUGUUAGGUGGCCUGCAUGAGGCCCAGGAAAAGGUGAGUUGGCUGUCCUAGAUAAAUGCAGAAACAACUUUUUGCACGUGUCAUCUCUGUUAUCUUGCUGUACCAAAGGGAGCACGCUACUGACUCUGAUGUUGCUGCCCCAUUCGCCUCCCUUCUGUAACCUCUGAUGCUGCCUUAUGGCACAUGGAAGAAGUGCAUCUGGUGCUUGCUCAUGUAGGAAUGAGAGCACGCUUUCCUCUGAACUUCAGCAUCAGGAAGGUGCUGUUUUAAGUGGUGUUGAUUAUCAUUAAGGAUCAGGCAGCAGUACUAAAAAACAGGGAACUUUAUUUAAACAAGCUUUCUUUAACUCCUAAACUGUCUCAGACCCUCGUCCUCUCUUUCUAUACUUUCUGGGCUGAAACACUUUCUGGUAGCUGCCCCUGUGCCUUCCCUCUGUGUCACCACGUUUCUCUCUCCCUGACUGCUGCCCUAACCCUCUUACUUAGUUCCACACACUUUGAUACAGGUGCAAUCCAACUUGGAAUGCUGUAUACAGCUCUGGUUGCCUCACCCUAAGAAGGAUGAUGGAGCCAGUGUGGUGUAGUGGUUAAGAGCGGUAGACUUGUAAUCUGGUGAACCGGGUUCGCGUCUCCGCUCCUCUACAUGCGGCUGCUGGGUGACCUUGGGCUAGUCACACUUCUUUGAAGUCUCUCAGCCCCACUCACCUCACAGAGUGUUUGUUGUGGGAGAGGAAGGGAAAGGAGAAUGUUAGCGGCUUUGAGACUCCUUCAGGUUGUGAUAAAGUGGGAUAUCAAAUCCAAACUCUUCUCUUCUUCAAUGGGAAGGAGUAAUGUUGCAGCUUUUGGGGCUUUUUUUGUUUAGAGCAGGGUUUCCCAAACUUGUGUCUCCAGCUGUGUUUGGACUACAAUUUCCAUCAUCCCUGACCCUGGAUCCUGCUAGAUAGGGAUGAUGGAAGUUGUGGUCCCAAAACAGCUGGAGACCCACAUUUGAGAAACCCUGCUCUAAACUAAACACCACUGGCAUGAAACCCUCAUAAUGUUGUCCAGAAGGGGGUCCAAGCCUUGGUCUGAGAGAGUCCCACCACCACCAUCAGUGUAAGGGGAGAGAAGUUUGUCAUCUUCUCCAUGUGCCCCGAACUGGUUUAGCCCCCUCCAAUCAGCAUGGCCAAUUGUCAGGGGUGAUGGGCGUUGUAGUCCAGCAACAUCUAGAGGGCACCACGUUGACUGCCUCUGCUGUAAAGCUUUUAAAGCAAUGUGUAGUUUGGUCCUCAGAAACUCAUAAUGUGUGCAGAACUUUGACUCCUGUGUGCCUUUUGGAAUCCUGGCUUAAGAUUUCCAACUUCCCUCCUUUGUAGUGCUACCCUGGCAACUUUCCAUUUUCUCGACCUUGUCCUAUUGACAAGGCCCCCUUCACUUGGAAGAUAAGAAAUGAGUAAGAACUGGGCAAAACAAAACAAAGCAUCAUGUUUCCAAAAAAUACAACUGUGCGCCUUCCUACCCCCACCACCUUGUUGUGAACAACGAUGGAAUUUACUGCAGAGGGAAAUGGAUGGAUUUAGGGGGGAAAUGUCCAGAAGAGUUUGUGAAGGACAGAAAGAUCAACUAACAAUAGUUUCCAGCAUAAUAUUUUGAACAAAUGUUCCCCACCCCAUGUGGAAAGUGUUAAGUCGGGACUCUCGUUCCUUGGGACUCUCGUUCCUAUGGUAACUUUUGGUAUGUUUCCACAGAUACCACAUGUGCGACAUCUGUGGAGAGGGGAAUCAGAAUGACAUCCGUGUGGGUGGGAGAGUUAUUAGCACAGGGAUGUGGAACCUGGUGUCCCCCAGAUGUUGUUUCAGCGGCGUAGCGUGGGUUGUCAGCACCCAGGGCAAGGCAAGUAAUUUGCGCCCCCUAACCCGGGGCAAGGCAAGUAAUUUACGCCCCCUAACCCCUAACCUGCCGCCGCUGCCAGCUUCUUCUUGCUGCUGCCUGGUCUGGUCUGGUGUGGUUCUCUCCCGCGCUCAGCGCUGCGCUGGGCGGCCGCUGCACUGUCCCUCCCCCAGAUAGUCCCUCGCUCUCUCUCCGCACCGCAUGCCUGGCACCCAUCCCCUCCACAGUGGGCGGCGACCCAGCAGCUCGGAUCGGAUUCGCACAGCCAGCACUGCAGUGAGAGACAGUGAGUGAGCCAGGUAGGGGCAGAGAGCUGCGAGUGCGAGCGCCCCCCCCAGAUGUUGCGCCCGGUGCGGCUGGCCCCCCCUGCACCCCCCACGCUACGCCACUGUGUUGUUUGACUACAGUCCCCAUCACUCCUGAUCAUUGACCAUGUAGGCUGGUGCCGAUGGGCCUUGGAGUCCCCUCCAUAUGGGGGGAUCACAGUUUCCCCACCCCUGCUUUAGGGAUAUACCGUAAUCCUAUGUACACUUUGCUGGGAGUAAGCCCCAUAACACAUAGUGAUCAGCAGCAAUAAGAAUACUCUUAUUAGCAACGAAGUCUGUUGCAUAUUUACUUGGCUUAAACCAAGGGUAACCACUGAGGUGCCCUCCAAAUGUUGCUGUUCCCAUCACCCUAGAUCAUGGACUAUGAUGGCUGAAUCUUGUGAGCGUUGUAGCCCAAAAUCUGGAGGCCACCACAUUGGCUAGCCUUAGCUUAAUCCUUCCCCAACCCAGUGCAUACCAGAUGUUUUGAACUGCAGUUCUUAUCAGCACCAGCUGGCCUCGCCCAGUGGUCAAGGAUGACAGGGAGUUGUAGUUCAGAACACCCAAAUAGCACACCAGGGUGGGGGAAGUCUGCCUUAAAGCAAAGCUGGGCAGACUUCUGGCUUCUCAGAUCCAGUUUGCUUUUUACUUGAACCCCACGAUUUACCAAAUGGAACCAAGUGCUAAUGACAUACAGAAAGAAUUAAAGAUCAGUAGGACCAGUGGUGGCUAGUGCCUAUUGAGACUGGUAGGGCAGAAGGCAGGAAGUCAACAGUAGGUAGAGUCAGAGCCAAUGGCAGGUGCAAUCGCAGCCAAGGACAGUCAGAGCCCACUGAUUCUAGUUUUGCUGUAGAUGAGUUCUACAACAGUGAGAAUGAGGAGUAGGAAGCCAAGAGGCAGUGUUGCUUCCUGGGGAGUUUAUAAGAGGGCAGGCAGGUGGGGACUGGCUGGUGGUAGGAUGGGGUUUCACUGCUCCAUUUGCCCUAUUGAACUGCCAUAGAUCUUCAUCCACUUUCUGCCUACCACUGUCUUAAAGCACUUAGCUCUGUUUCUUAUUGGAACUGAAAUACUGCACUGGCCAUUAUUAUUUUGGGGUUGGAAAGCCAGUUCUAGAAAUGUGAUGAGCGCCGGCACUGCCUUUGUUCCCUCCUUCUCAAAACUGGAAGUCUGCCCACAUGAAUUAGCCUGAAAUCCUGGCUGAGACUGGAAUCUUACCUUAUCAGUGUAGUGUAGUGAAGUCACAUAAUAAGUUGUUUUUUUAAAAAAAAACAACCAACAGCAACCUUCCCAAACCUCCCUUACUCCCUUUGUGUGACCUUCCUAACGUAAUCAGAGCAGGAAGUUACUGGCGGCAGCAGAUCUUUGAAACGCCUCAUUCCUUAAUUUGUGGGGCAGUUUGUUUGAAUGUUAGGGAUACUCAAAGAAGAAGGAACAGCCCACUGAAAAAACUAUUAUAAUUCUGUGUCUUAUUUCACUGUGGUGUGGAAACUUUCACAGAAUAUGGACUUGCAAUAAAAUAGUGAAAGUAUCCUACUAUGUAACCAAGAUUGCAGGAGACACAGAUUUAUGGCCUAGCCACAAUGUGAGUUUCCAAAAAAGAGGCACUGUUUGAAAUGAAAUUAAUCAGAACAAAUGGUGUUACGGCCAGGAAAGUUUGUAUAUUCUCGAGCUGAAAUAUUAAUAAUGGUAAAUACAGAAUCAAUCGGCAGUGAGCUUUUAUUUUCAGAAUGAGACUAGUUUCCCAAGAAGAACUUUUCAGGGAGAAAAAAUAGGCAAUAGAUUUAGAUUAUGUAGCAAAACCAAGUACUCAUUCUCCAUUGAUUCAAGAGCAAAAUGUUGGGCGUAUGCUGUCUGUGUCUCUCAACAAUCUUACAUAACUGGGUGUAGACUAGGAAGAAAUCCCAUCUUGUCCAAAUCUCCUUGAAAGAAAGGUGGGAUAUAAAUCUGACAAAUAAGCCAUUUGUCAACAUGACUUCUCCAAGCUCUAGGACUUCUGGUCUCUUUUCAAAACACCAUCACUGCACCUGCUACUUGUGGACAACAAAUGGGUCUCUGUGUAAGAGCUCAUUCACAAAAAAGGAAAAUCCAUUUCAUUUGGCAACCUUUCCUCAAUAUCUUCUCUCCCCCCCCCCCCCCCGCACACUUGAGCUGCUGUGAUGUGGGGCUUCCUUCCACACUUGUAUAAGGACUUUCAUCUGGUGCCCUACAAUAGGCUCUUGUCCUUGGUUCCCCAACCCCUACCACUUCUUGUUUAAAAAUACUUCAGAACUUUUUGUUCAUGAUUGUUUGGAAUGGAAAUAUGAGCAAUAUGGAGCACAGAGCAGGAUAUUCAUGCUGAACAACAUCCACUGACCUCCUAAGUUUCUAGGAAGUCCCACUAUGGAAGCUGACCUCUUGGAGAUCAAUCUAGGCUUUAAAGAGCAAAGUCCAUGGAGAAGAAAGGCAGACUGGGGUGCGGCUGGUUUCAUUUCAGCCUGAGGGUUUGGAGCUUGACUUGGGGCUGCUGGGCUGGGUUCUUCCCGUUACAAGCCAUUAAAGCUCAAAUUCUUAAACUGGAAAUCUGUUUUUUGAUGGACAGGCUGCCUGAGAGAUUGCCUGGACUAUACCACGCACAUGGAAAAUUGAUCAUCUGAAUAAUUUGUCAUGAUGAGGACAAAUCAUGUUUUUGCUUGCUGUUUCUUGAGCCACAUUAGGAAGGUUUGUGGUAGUAGGCAAAAACACUCCUUGGACUCCUUCUUUAAAAAACAAGUAGCCUUUUGCAUUUAUUUUUUUCCAUUGGCACACCUGUGCAGGAAAAAAAAAGGUGAAAUGGACAAGUGCAUUGAAAGGCAUUGUGUCUCAAUAGCCAUAAUUUACCAUGGUUGCCAAGUGACCAUUUUAUUGCAGUGCAGUGCAGUGUAUUCAUAGGAGUUGUGCUAUUCACUUCAAACACAUUAUCACAGAGGCUAUCCGGAGUUUUUCACCAUUUGUUAGGCAACUUGUUUUUAAAAAGGAGAAAAGUGGAGUUAGGAACCAGAGAAGAGCAGGUAGCAGUACUCUAGGCAAGUGGAAACCAUGGUGUGUACUAGAGCUUUUGCCAAGGGACCAGAGAGGAAGGAUAUUGUGUGUAUAUUCAACACAAUUGCACAUAAAAUGUGUACAGGAGAAAUUCACACACCAAAAAAGCUGAUGAAUUGUCAUGACUUUUUAGAAAAUUGCGAACGGAUGUGGAAAUGUGGAAAACUGAACUUAAGACUGGAAAAAUGAAAAACUGAGAGAAAUCAUAAAUGACAUUUGCUGGACUAGUUGGGUCUUUGGUGUGUUCCAGUAAGAUUCUUCUUACACCAAGAAGAGAUUCUUGGGGGAUCCUAACAUUCAGAAGGGAAGUAAGGGAAGAACUUCCAUUUAUGGAAACAUUAUUUUAUGUACACAUAAUUCCUUUUCCUCUUCCAGGUUCUUACCUAGGACUAUUUGCUCAGGCUUUCCAUGCCCAAGAGAGACAAGUGACAGUGCAGAACUGCUGGCUCUGAACCCUUGCUUCAAAACAUAAAAACAUGGAAAAUGAAUUAACUUGAGAGUGAGAUAAAUGAUUGUUGGAUUGUGUAGCCUCUGCAAGAGUGUAUAGAACUGCAUAGGCGGCUUUGCCCUUAGACAUUGCUAGAUCCAAUAGGUUUCCAGACCGCUCUGGCGGCAUUUUGGAGGAGUUGGCAACUCUCCUCUUGGAAUACCCAAAUGACUCAGGUGGUUGACAUGGUUGCCCCUGAAAGCUCUCUCCUAUUGGUUCAGGGCAGCUCCCUGGUUCUCCAGGAAUCUGCUAGAAAUAAAACUGUUGUAACAAUGACUACAGGGCUGAUGGCAAAACACCCAAAACAAAACUGACCAAACACUACUUGAGAGUCCAUUUGAAAGCCUGUUCCAUGAUCGCAUAGGCAGCAAUUAAAUCUUAGCUUUUCCACCAGCUUUGCAUCUGUACAAUGCUAUCCAGCACAGCUAUUUCUGAUUGUCAAAAGGGCCUCCUCAGCUUUUUGCUGUCAAGAACCAUACAAACACACAGUAGCCCACAACAAGCCUUAAUUGCACUACAGACAAAGUUGCUCACCUCCUCUCAAAGCUUUGUACUGGCGAUCCCCUUGGCCUCUGCAAGAGUGGAUCUACACACAGGGGAAAAACACGGUAUAAAUAAGUCAGAAAUUACAAUUUCCCCCCGUGUAUAAUACGCCCCCGUGUAUAAGAUGACCCCUAUUUUGGGGGACUCUAAAUUAAGGAAAUGGAGAGAGAUUGGCCAGAGUUCUUAAGCUUUUUUUGGGGGGUGCUGACAAUCGCUCACCUGCCUGACCACCCGUGCCAUUCGCACAACUCGAUGAAGCCACCGAUCUGCCCAUUAGCUGCCAACAGCCACCAAUCGCAUGCACACUUGCUGCAGCAGCAGGCAUUGCUGCAGCAAACAAUCACCCACCCAAACACUGCUUAAAAUCUCCUGCUCACGGCUAACACCAAUAACACGUCCCCCUAUGCACUAUCCGUGUAUAGGAUGACCCCCAAUUUUUAACAGUUCUUUAUAAUAAAUAAACCUUGUCUUAUUCACAGGGAAAUACGGGAAAUCGUUAUAAGAAAAUAAACACUAUGCAAAAAUCUAUGCCAUACAUAGCCCAAGUAGAUCGCUGUGAAUAUGCUUUGCCUGUGGUUGCCCUUGAGUGCGAUUCAAGCCAAAGGACAUGUUAAGCUAUUCAUGCUGCUGCUGCUUUUAAGUGUGCUUAUGCUGGUCUCUUUUAUUUUGAAGCAAAAACAACCAAGGGUGAGGGGCAAACUGGGGCAGGGAUCAGUGUCCUGUGUUGGUUCCUGCUGAAAAUUGCCCUUCCCCAGUUGCUAUUGGCUCUGCGCAAAGCGCUGUUUACUUUAUGCUCUGUAAAUUUGUCCUUUUAAAAAAAUAUGCUACCACCACAUCUUGCAUCAGUGAAUUCCACUGCUAAAAGGUUUCUAUAUCAAAGCAGUAGACACAGAAGUAUCGGUGGGAUUUUGCAGGCUUCAGAGUUGACAAGGGUUCUGCCACCUCCAUUGUCAAAGUCAGUUGUGCUCCGUUAUCUUUUUCCAUGUGACAUGCCAGCCGCAAGACAUAUGUCAAAUGCAUCUGGCUGUCAACACCAUCUAAGAAACACUGAGGCUAACCAUUUCAUUUUCCUGAAUGGGCUACUCAUAACGGAACCAGGGGGAUGGAGAAUGUCAUUGAUUAAGCCCAUGUUAUGAAAAUUGGGAGAUUCCUGACAGUGGUGAAGUUACGUAAAUAAAUGAUCUUUCUAGGAGGGGGUUCUUAAGAUGGUAUUUGGGUAUUACUAUCCUUUCCUCAAAAUGUGGGAAGCCUGUUGCAUCUGGGGGCCCUUUUGCUGAUUCUGCUGUGUGAGGUCUGGGGCCUCUGCCCCAAAGUCCUGCCCUGAUGUUAUCGCUGCUGCCAGAGUUGCUGCCUGUUGCCAUUGCUCCAGCUUUGUGUCUGCAGGACUUGGGGAGAUGCAGCUGGGAGCUGCUGUCUGCACUGUUGGAGUAAGGACCGAGUCUGUGGGACCGUCUCCAGAUGGAAGGAAUGCGCUUGGUGCUGAUGUGGUGAAUGGGGGAUUGUCAGGCCGAGCUGGCUGGGUCACAGGGAAUUCCUGUCUGUAACCUUCCCCGACGACAUUUUGCCAGAAAUAAACCCUCAAUUUGCUGCCAACACAAACAGAAAAGCUGGGAUUCCACGCUGAGCACAAAGCCCCUGUGUGCUCACUUCCGGGCGGUGUGAUCCUCUGUGGGAAAGGGGACUGGGAUGUGGUGUGUCUGUGUGUGGGGUCGUAUCUUAGCUGUUCCUUCACUAUAGAAACGGGUGCAGCCUCACAGCUUGGAAUUGCAGCCUGCCAGUCAUAUUCUGCUUACGCACAAUACAUUUCAAGCUCAAAACUUCCCUCAAAGCACCCUAGGAACUUUAGUAAAUUACAGCACCCAAGGAACCUUUGCUGGAAGCUGUGUGCUGUAAAUGUAUGGAAUGCACGAGGCAGGAAGGAUGAGCAAGGGUGCUCUGUUUAACACCAACCUCAGCUUUUUGUCACCUGUACUUGGUCUCCAAAUGUUCAAAACCCUUCAGUUUCUCAAGGUUUUCUGUCAGGAGAAGAAGCUGAUGUUUUAUUCAUUUUACUCCUGAGAAUUUCAGGCUACAAUCUGUUUCCCACCUGAAGGGAAGAGGAAAAUGAAGGUCAAUGGUUUCCGUGGAGCCCUGAGCACAAGCUUGUGCCUUAGCAUCAGAAACAGAGAAGGUGAUGCAUGAAUAAUAAUUUGUUGUUGUUUAGUCGUUUAGUCGUGUCCGACUCUUCGUGACCCCAUGGACCAGAGCACGCCAGGCACUCCUGUCUUCCACUGCCUCCCGCAGUUUGGUCAAACUCAUGCUGGUAGCUUCAAGAACAGUGUCCAACCAUCUCAUCCUCUGUCGUCCCCUUCUCCUUGUGCUCUCCAUCUUUCCCAGCAUCAGGGUCUUUUCCAGGGAGUCUUCUCUUUUCAUGAGGUGGCCAAAGUACUGGAGCCUCAGCUUCACGAUCUGUCCUUCCAGUGAGCACUCAGGGCUGAUUUCCUUCAUAAUGGAUAGGUUUGAUUUUCUUGUAGUCCAUGGGACUCUCAAGAGUCUCCUCCAGCACCAUAAUUGUACCCUGCCCACCUGACUGGGUUUCCCCAGCCACUCUGGGUGGCUUCCAACAGAUAUAGGAACACAUAAGCUCUACUGUCAGGGGCAAUAUGCCUUUGAACAUCAGUUGCUGGUAAUCACAAGUUAAGAAAGCACUCAGGUCCUGCUUGCUGGCUUCCCAUAGGCACCUGACUGACCACUGUGAGAAUGGAGCGCUGGACUAGGUGGGUCUGAUCCUACAAGGAACAUCUUAUGCAGUGUUCUUAAGCUCUGCAUUGAGAGCAUAGCUCCAAGUACUUGCAUAUCACAAAGUGGGGUUCAGAAGAGAAUGUAAAUGAGAAAACAUGCAUGCAAAUGCUUUAUCUCAGGAACAAUGGCUUCAAUACAGUUUUUCAGCUGAAAAACUACUGGUGAAAUAAUACUGAUUAGAGAACACUCAAAACCCUGUGCCUUCUUUACAGAUUGGUAUAGCUUAAUUUUCUAUGCAGAUGGAAAGCAUGUAGGCAGGAGACCUUGUUUCCUUUUAUGGAAUGAUAGCUAGAGGUUCCCUGCUUGCUGCGUUUCUUUGUGAGAUAUCUGCACGUUCUUAUUUGGUGCGAUUGUAAUGAGAUCUCUCUGCUGAUACUGUUUGUAAAAGGAACAAAAUGAGCUGUAAGUCUGCCUUCGGUUCUGUUAAUGUUACUGUUUGUUAAAUGAAACUGAAUAUAUAUAUAUAUUUAAUAACCCUUGAGAGUGUGUUGAAAUGUGAUCUGAUUGUAAAAGGGAUUGUUGUGCUUCUGUUAUAUUUUCAUAUUCAUCCAGGUGCUUAUCUUCGAAUCAUCAGAGCAAACGUAAGCACUAACUUAAUUUGAACAAAAGCGGAAGGCUGCUCACCAAAUUACUUUCGCGGUGGACCUACCACUUUAUUUCUAAUGUUGUGUGUCCUGUAUGUUCCUGUAAUUUUUUAUACUACAAAUGUUCCAGGGAUUUAUUAUCCCACUUUUGUCAUGUUAUAGAGCAAGCCCCUCCAGACAGCAAUAAUAGUGUAGUACUGGGGAAGCAUAGCAGAAAAACUAAUAUAGCAGAACGGUGUGUGGAUGGGCCAGUAUAAACCCUCCACUAAUGCACUAUAAUUGCACCAGUGACGUGUUUCAGAAUACACACAGACACACACAAACCCCCCACAUAUUUGGAAGGGCCCUGACUCUCUGCUCAGUUAAUUUGGUGAAUCUCUGAUUCCAGCCAGACAGGGAGUGUUGAUGUGCAACUGCGGCACUUAAGCCACUUCCUCCUCCUCCUCCACCCCACAGGCCCAAUGCCCAGUUUCCUCCUAUUCUGUUGGACAGCCAAGGAGGUGGCUUUCCGCCACCCUGGGAUUUCCCUUUGCUCUGGAGUCCUCGCCUGAUUUAAUCAUUCCGUUUCCCAGCCUUUCGAGGCGUCGUUACCAUGCUAAUUGCCAUCCCCGGCCAGCACCACGCAGCUCCAAGGACAAGAAUAGAUUCCACCUCUGUUCUCAGUGGAGUGUGUGUGUCAAAGGGGUGGGUGGGAAGGAAGACACUGGGAAGCAUUGUACUCUCCUUCAAAGGGUUUAAAUUUAGUUGCCUUAUUUGUUGCUACAAAUCACCUCAGCCAGGGGCCUCAAAUGCUGCCUGCUUGGCAAAAUGCUGCACUGUGAACCAUGAUUCCCAAAAUGAGAGAUGCUUAGCUUGAGCUGACCUGGAAGUCCUGCCCUUUGUGUCGGACGUGUGGGGGUUAGUUAAUGGUUAUAAAGGCACCUCAGAGGUCCUCAAGUCCAACUCUCUUUCAGUGCAGGAAAGAGGCCCUCCAACUGUACCCAGAGGCUCUCUCUUCUUUUAUUACUUAACACAUGCUGAAUCUUGACUUUGUAAUAUUGCUGAGUCUAAGUUGUGGCUAAUAUAAAACCCAGGUACUCCAAACCAACAGAGGUGGCUCUGAUACCUUUAGGAUAAGAAAUGAGAACUUAUUUCAGUAUUCCCUCUCUCAGCCUGGUAACAUAUGCAUGUUAUUUUUGAUCUUUUUUCUCAAUGGACUUCUGCUUCUGUAUGAUAAUCUUGAAGCCUAUAUAUUGUAUUCAUUCAUUCAUUCAUUCCUUCAUUCCUUCAUUCCUUCAUUCCCCACCCAUCUGGCUGGGUUUCCCCAGCCACUCUGGGCAGCUUCCAACAAAGAUUAAAAAUACAUUAAAAUGUCACACAUUAAAAACUUCCCUGAACAGGGCUGCCUUCAGAUGUCUUCUGAAUGUCAGGUAGUUGUUUAUCUCUUUGACAUUUGAUGGGAGGGCGUUCCACAGGGCGGGUGCCACUACCGAGAAGGUCUUUUGCCUAGUUCCCUGUAGCUUUGCUUCUCACAAUGAGGGAACCACCAGAAGGCUCUCGCCAUUGCUUUGCAUAGUGAGGCAUUCCAGGUGCAGCACUAACCAGGAUUAGCUUGCAAUCCUAUAUCACAGCCUUCUUCAACCUGCUGCCCUCUAGAUGACCUCCAGUCCCAAAUAUUUGGAGGCCAGUUGGUUGCAGAAGGCUGUUAUAUACAUCUGCAGUCAGCUCCAUUGAACUCAAUGGAACUUUGUUCUGUGUAGACAGAUGUAGAUUUGCACUAUGAGUUUCCUUUGGAUGAAAGAGCACUGGGGAAAAUGGUGGCAUACAGUAGUUGCUUCAUUUACAAAAAUGCAUGCAUGGUAUAAGCAAGCAGGAGGCACUCCUAUGAGGUGGGAGCUCCUUCCAUGGUUAUUCAUCUUCAGGAAGGCAUCUCAUCGCUCUUCCUUUCUCUUUGCCUCCAUGUUCAAUAGAUUUGCUCCAAAUGAGCACUAAAGAGUAGUUUUCCCAGGGGAAGCAGCAGGAGAAGAGGAAGUGUGGAUAAGCCCACCGUAAUCAGACAGCAAACUCAUAACCAAAGCUUUUUAAAGCCAACUAACACCACCUUCCUCUUUUGUUGAUGGUUUCUAUUUUCAACUUUUAUUUCCUAUUUCCUCUUUGCUAGCUAGCAAAACAAUAUGCUUGGUAUCUAAGGUUGCAACAGCAUGCUCUAACAGCCAGUAUUUUGCAACUGGGUUAAAAUAAAUUAUACUUAUUAAAUAUACCACACACCAGUUGUUCUACUGCAGGGGUAGCCAUAUUGUGCCCUUCAGAUUUUAUGGACUACAGCAUACAUUGGUCACGCUGGCUGAGGAUUAUGGGAGUUGUAGUCCACAACGUGGAAGAGGUUGCAUUGUCUACUCCUGUUCUAUUGCAUUAAAGCUCUAACUCUGCCAUUGUGUACAAUAGGACAACUGCACUGACUUCAGACUUGCUGGCAGGAGAAGGAGGAAAGGAGAAUCAUUCUUCCCAUCUUUAGGCUUGUCCUUAAUGGAAGAUUCUAAUAAGUCUGAAGUAUACUUAUUAACAAAUAAAGCGUUAAGUUAAUAAAGCAUAACCAUUUAACUUAUUAUGGAUUUUCAAAAACCCAUGACUUGACAGUGCUGCAUUCACUGAAUGUGCUUCAGUCCCUGAAAGACAUUCUGGCAGAAUCUGCAUCCAUUUCAAAUUGUUGGCAGCAGUGUAAUCAGACUGGAGAGCCCAGAACUGAUUUGUUGUGGAAUUUUAGAACUCCAGGAAUAGCUUCUGCAGAAACACAGAGACCAAAAAUAAAAGCAGAGCCGGGGAGGCUUGUGCAGCUGGGCAGAGAUCUAGCAUCUGGACUAGCAGUGGGGUGAGUGGCAGCUGAUUCCUGGCCAGCUUUGCCGCGCUGUGUUCCAGCGUCAAAGAGGAGUGGGAUUGCUUCCUUUUCUGUAGCUGCAUCAGAUCAGGCAGUGACAAUCAGCCUUGUGGUAUAGCUGGCGAAAGGGUGGGAAAAGUGCAGGAAAUUGUGGCUAAAAUUAUCAAGGGGAUGGAACAAUUUCCUUAUAAAUAAAUAUUACAAUGUGCAGGGUUCUUCAGUUUAGAAGAAAAUGGUGAGCAAGGAGGACCACCAAAAGAGGUGUGGGAAAAGUGGGUAGAGAUAAGUUUUUCUCCAGCUCUCAAUAAUACUGAAACCCAAGGUCAUCCAGUGUAGCGGAAUGGUGGGGGAUUCAGGAAAGACAAAAGAAAAUGCUUCUUCAUAUAUCACCUAGUUAGGCUUCGAAAUCCUCUCUCGCAAGAUGUGGUGAUGGCCACUAAAUUAGACGUGCUGUAAAAGAGGAUUAGAUUCAUAGAUCCCCAGUUGCAGUGGGGACCAUGAAUGGGAAUGGACUGCGGUGCUCAUUCGCCACUUGCUUGCUGGCUUCCUGCAGGCAUCUGGUGCCACUGUAGGAAAGCAGGUUGCUGAACCUGAUGGGCCUUUGACUGUCCUGAUCCAAGAGAGGCGUUCUUAUGCUGUGUGGUUUGUAAUGCCGUCUUCACUUUGCUGCGAUUGCAGGUGCCAAGCUGUGCAAGCGUUUCCAUCCAAAAUAUGCUGCCAUGGGAUUUCUUUUAAUAGUGGCUAUAAUUGCUUUAAUCACUGUGGCUGUCACGCAGAACAGUUCUGCCACCAAGAACAGAAAGGUAAGUCACAGGAGAGCCUCCUGCGGAAGCACUGUGAACGGUUUAGGCCAGUGAUUCCCUGAAGGGCUAAUACGAAAAACAAAGCAUGUUGGAAAUAAUCUCUCCCUUUCUCUGCCAGUUUCCCGGUAGUGGCAACAUUUUGAGGGAGGGAGCAAGGAUGCACUAGGGUUCUCUUAUGCUAUCCAUUCUGCAGCUACAGGGCAAUCCCAGAAGGUGCAUCAUUGCCCACAAAGUAUGCUGCUUCACAAGUGUCCUGAUUUCCUAGGCAAAGAGGAGGGUGGGUUACCUGGAAGCAACUUUGAAUAAUAUAACCUGCAUUUGCAAGAAGGAUACCUGUUCCAUUCUUCUUAUGGGUGAUCUGCGAAAAGAUAUAUGUAUUUUUCAGAAUAGAAGAGUAAAGAGUGCCUUCAAAUUUAAGCAAAAACGAAACACUUUUGCUCCAGGUUUCAAAGGUUUAGGAAGCACUGGCUUGAGUUCUUGAGCUACAAGUUACCAUGACUCUUCGUGGUCCCUCCCUGCUGUGCUUUUAUGGUCUGGUUGAUUCAUCUUGUCUACCAAACGUCUUUGCUGCAGAAUUUAUCCUGCCCUGUUCCCAUGUCAAGUCAAAUACCUUCCUAUUGGUCACAAUACAAAAAACCAUUAGUGGUAAUGUUAGUAAUUCCUGCAAAGCCUGCUGAGGGUAAAAUUCGGUCCAGAGACAGGUGCGUCUUUAAAAACCUACCGUGGCUUCUCAUUUUAGGCCUGAGCAUCUUACAUUCAGUGCAGAUGGACUUAUGUCUGAAACCACAAUCAUGUGGGCAGAUCACUCAAGAAUUUAUAAAAGGUCCUAGUUUUGAGUAAAGGCCAUAUUUGCACAUCUGAAGGAUGCAAUGACUUGAAUCUAAUUUAUUUGCAAAUACAACAUUGAUUGCAAAAAGACAGGAAAUGAGAGGGAUAUGUUUGCUUAAAACACACACACACACCUGGCUUUUAUGGUAGCUAGGAGAAACAAAUUAUAAUUAAGUGCUUAAACAGAAAUGCGUCUCCAUCACAUCUUCCCAAUAUGCUGAGUUUUAUUGAGCAAAAAUUGUGGUUUUCUUUCUUCUGCAGUAUGGGAUUGUGCUGGAUGCUGGUUCUUCUCACACUAACUUGUAUGUAUAUGAAUGGCCGGCGGAGAAGGAGAAUGACACAGGAGUUGUGCAGCAGGUGCAUGUCUGUGAAGUAGAUGGUAAGAAAGUGGGAAAGUUGGGGCUAAUAGGAUGUUGAAAUGAUAGUAGAGUGAAGAGGGUAGAACACAGCAUGCUCAGGAAAACACCAGACUAAAACUAGCUGACAAAAGUUCUGUGUUUUCUCUCCCAGGUCCAGGAAUCUCAGGAUAUGCUGACCGUGUGGGAGAAGUUGGUAUCCCCCUAAGGCACUGCAUGGAUAAGGCAAAGGAAAUAGUACCAAAAGAGAAACACCCAGAGACGCCAGUUUACUUGGGGGCAACAGCUGGCAUGCGGCUGCUGAGGUACCAAAGAGGGAUACAAUCUGCGCUCUUUGAAAUAUCAUGUUCGCUAGGGGUGAGAUCGCAAAUUUCAGUUUUCAAAGGUUUCUUUGGAGUUGACAGGGAUACUCAAACUUGGCCCAGUUUGUCUUUUCUUCCUCUCACCCCUGGGAAGAUUCAGUUACAUACCGGCACCGCACAGUGUCUGCAUUUCACAAACAUGUCAUUGCUGCGUUCAGUCCCUUGUUGUUUGCUCAGUUUGGUCCAUAUACAGUGGUACCUCAGGUUACAAACACCUCGAGUUACAAACACUUCAGGUUACAGACUCCGCUAACCCAGAAGUAGUACCUUGGGUUAAUAACUUUACCUCAGGAUGAGAACAGAAAUCGCGUGGCGGUGGCAUGGCGACAGCGGGAGGCCCCAUUAGCUAAAGUGGUACUUCAGGUUAAGAACGGUUUCAGGUUAAGAACGGAUCUCCGGAACGAAUUAAGUUUGUAACCAGAGGUACCAUUGUAGAUGACAGUUCAAACCGGAACAUGUAUCUCUGCCUGGACACACUGAUGCAAAGUGCCUAAUUUGCUCUGUGUGCUUGGAUCCCCAGCUUAUAAAAGCAAGUGCAGGAAUCUCUCCAUUUCCUUCACUUACUAUUGUACAUUGUGAUGCCCAGAGGUGUUGCCAUAAGCUUUGGAUAAAUCAGGUUCUCCAUAAUGGCCAUCAUUCACUCACACAGCUAUUCUGUGCCCAAUCCACAGUGCUAACGCUGCAAUAGUUAUGAAGAUUAUGAAGGCGACUUGUGCAAAGCCUCCUGGUAUAUCAGGUGCUCUUUGUCAGGAAGCUAUGUGUGCAAUAGAAUGAAGGCUGCUUCUGAUUAUGAUUAGAUGUGAUUACAGGGGCUUCGACUGGAUGACUUUUGGGUCCCUUCCAACUCUACAAGUCUAUGAUUCUGUGAUACGUUUUUUUUCCUGCUCCUGUUUGUAAAAUCACAUGGAAGUAGUAUGGAAGGAGCCAGAAAAGGGCUGAAGGUGCCAGCCCUAGAGCAUUGUUAGAUAAGCCAGAUAUAAGCAAGAUCUGCACCUUGCAAACCUCUCAGGUCAUUCUUCAUAAUCUGCAUGUCAUAUCCAAGCAUCUGCUUUAUCCAUUGUCACAAACAUGCACAUCUUAUAUCAUUUCUUGGCCACCUCCCAACAUGCACUUUUAAAAAGCCAAAGAAGGAAAUGGAACUAUCAGACAUCUGGCCUCAAGUAGCAGGGAAUGCUGGCAGAUUAAUUUGUUUUAAAUUGAUGAACUGCUCUUUAUCCAAACAGCUUCCAGGGCAGUGCUGAAUGAUAAAAAUACAAUAUAAUAAGACAGCACAAUGUAACUCCCAUCCCUCUUUUGUACAUGCAGACUGGAGAACGAGAACACUGCUAAAAAGGUCCUCUCUGCAGUGGAGGAGACCCUGCGCUCAUACCCCUUCCGUUUCCAGGGUGCCAGGAUCCUCACUGGUGAGGAAGAAGGGGCCUAUGGCUGGAUCACCAUUAAUUACCUGCUGGGCAACUUCAAAGAGGUAAUGCGCCAUGCCAGAAAGGAAACACUGCUCCCUGAAGCUUGGCCAUGCUUACUUCCAUUUUAAUAGUGAUGACUCCUUACAGCAGGGACGGCAAAACCUGUGCAAAACCUCCUUACAGCAGGGAUGGCAAGGGCUGCAUGCACCCCACAACCUCAUUUCAUGGCGGUGGCAGAGGAGGGGGGAGGAUGGAAGUGGCAGAGAGAGAAGGAAAGGGAUAGCCCAUCCCUUUUGACUCUGGCACCUGCCCACCAAGCAGCACAUAUCCCUCAAAAGAUUGCCCCUAAAGGAUCAUGGCUCUUGUAAACAAAACAAAACAAAACAAAACAAAACAAAACAAAACAAAACAAAACAAAACAAAACACUCUAGUGCCAUCCAAACCACAAAAACAAUUGUUAAGUAUGGAAAUAUAAUUCAUUGCUGCAAAAACAACAAAGCAUCUUGUGCUGCUUUUUAAAGAUGCACAGAUUGACUGUGGCACAUGCUUUUGUUGACGAGAGGCCUGAAUAAAUGGGCUUCAAUCUUUAAGGUGCCACAAGACUCUUUGCUGAAAUACAUAUUGCUAGAAUGCUGAGUUAAGAAGUCUCCAACCUGCCCCCCCGCAAUUUAAACAAACUAUUGUUGGCCUUCCCAUACUGUAUCUCAUACUUGAAUGAUCCUUGGUUUCUCCCAACAUGUCUAUUCCUUACUAACCCACCUCUUGCCUGUGCUAGCACACCUCUAACCAUCUGAUUCCCCUGACUCCAUGCUUCCAUUUUCCUGGGUCGCAUCCUGCGCCGCAUUUCCCACAAGCUGGGUCUUCUGUCCCUUGACAAGCUCAUGCAGCUUCCUCCCAUCUGGUGUGCUCUUUUUGCAGUCUAUCUGGCCAAAAUUCCUGCCCCGCAUCUUCUUCAGAACUGGAACCAUAGGGGCGCUGGACCUUGGUGGAGCUUCCACACAGAUCACCUUUGUACCAGACCAGGAGACACUGGAGUCACCAGCAGAUACAGCAAACUUCUAUCUCUACGGCAAACAGUACACUGUGUAUACGCACAGCUUUCUGUGUUACGGGAAGGACCAAGCACUCCGGCUCAAGCUGCUCCAAGACGUUCUGGUAAGUUCGGGGUGACUCUUAAGCUGCACGCCCAGCUUCCAAGUCUGUUGUGUCCAGCUUUCAUCAAUCUGAAGAUUAUUCUGGUUGCAAUCGUACUAAACCAGAAGCAGUAGAGCAGGGUGGCGGCAAGCUCAAAGCUGUACAGGAACAUUAAGAAGAACAGCAGACUGACUCGCGCUGUCUACCAAAGCAGCCCUGUCCCACUGCACCUACGACUUCUUCACUUAACAACUUACAUUGGAGUGGGGAACCUUGUCCAGCUGCUGGGCCAGAUCCUACCUCCCCCAUACUCCUUGGGCCACUUUGGCAUCUUUCUGAAUUCAGGCGACAAGUUUAAAGGGCCUUGUUCUCAGCACCAAUCAGCUGAUUGCUGCAGACGCUCAGUCCCACUUUGCCUGUUUACCUGCAAAUGGACAUUCUUCCUCUGCAGGCUAGAAAAACUGUCUGCAGAGCUUCUCUACAAAGGACACAUGUACACCUCUAGGUGGAAUCCAAACAGCAUCUGCCAACUUUAAAGGGGUAUGCAGUCAGCUCCACUCAGUGCUGUUAGAGAGCCUCAGUUUCCAAGGGAUAAUCAGGAAUGCCAUGUAAGCUCCUGAUUGCUCCUUUGCAGCCACAAGUUCCAGACAUCACAAAUGUGGUGCAGAUGAGUGUGGUUUGGGGGAAAUAGCCUUGCAGGUCAAAUUAGGAUCCCUGCUGGCUGAAACUAGCUCCUAGUCCAGAGGUUCCCAAUGGCUGACCUACAUGCAUGUUUUUCAAUAUUUUUCCUGACAUAUUUCUUUCUGGCCAUCCAUUGGUGUUUUUGUUUUGUUAACUUGGUAAUAAAGUAAAAAAGCAAAAGCAAAUAUAGUAACAAUAUGGAUAUUACUUGCUGUGAGCCCAUUCCUGCCUAGAUCCAGGCUUUUCAUUGUCUUGUGUCAUAACUAGUUGCCGGUGUGUGUAACUACCCAUCCCACCCUUUUUCUUCUUUUCACUGCAGGAUUCAUCGAGUAGCAGAAUCAGAGACCCAUGUUUCCACCAAGGAUACGAGAGGACUCUUAAUAUUUCUAACCUGUGCAAAAGCCCCUGUACAGCUCCAAACAUCACCCUACCCUGCUCCUCACAGCUCCAAAUUGAGGGCGAUGGAGAUUAUGAAAAGUGCCUGACAAGCAUUGAGAAAAUCUUCAAUACUGUCCACUGUCCUUACUCCAGCUGCUCAUUUAAUGGUGUUUUCUUGCCUCCAGUAUCUGGGGAUUUUGGGGUGAGUACAUAUAAGCACCUGCCUCUCUCCACCAGGCAGAAACUGGUGGCUUUACCCUGGAGGAAGGACUUUUGGAGUGCAAUUUGCCUGUGGGCUUGUAUUUAAACAGUAGCCUGGUAGCCAUGAUGUGAGCAGGAAUUACAUGGAGGCAAAGGAAAGACGGAUUCUUUCCCUUUUCCCCUGACAUUUUGCUUGGUUUUUCUGCUAGGUGCACCAAUUUGUUAUCUUCCUCUGUCUGCCACUAGGUGGCAAAGUCCAGCUGAGCUACACUUACCAUACAAGAACAUGAAGGUUUCUUAAGAUUUCAUUAGCACCCAGUUAAAGCAACAGAUUGACUUAGCACAUGGGUAGGCAAACUAAGGCCCGGGGGCCGGAUCCGGCCCAAUCGCCUUCUAAAUCCAGCCCGCGGACGGUCCGGGAAUCAGCGUGGUUUUACAUGAGUAGAAUGUGUCCUUUUAUUUAAAAUGCACCUCUGGGUUAUUUGUGGGGCCUGCCUGGUGUUUUUCCAUGAGCAGAAUGUGUGCUUUUAUUUAGAAUGCAUCUCUGGGUUAUUUGUGGGGCAUAGGAAUUCAUUCAUUCCCCCCCCCCCCCAAUAUAGUCCAGCCCCUCACAAGGUCUGAGGGACAGUGGACCGGCCCCCUGCUGAAAAAGUUUGCUGGCGCCUGACUUCUUGGCAUAGAACAGCUACCUGAGCAGAAGGAGAGAAGGCUUGCUGGGCAUGAAGCAUGGGGAGUGUCCAUGGGGUCUACUGCUAUUGGAUGGGAUGGGAACUCACAGCGGGAAGUGGUAGAGCUUAGUGGUAGAGCUUUGCAUGCAGAAGGUUCCAGGUUCAAUCCCUGGCAUCUCCAGGUAAAAGGAGCCUGCACCCUAUGAUGUAAAAGGCAGAGCCACUGCCAGAGUAGACAAUAUUGAGCCAGAUGAGUCAAUAAUAUAAGGCGGCUUCCUGCCUACCCUCAGAAAAUACUGGGUCAUUUAUGUUGGAGACAGCAAAGAACUGUUGAUAAUAAUAGCUGAUUAGUUAGUGAGCUAGAGAUUACCUAUCUCUUCUGCUAAACAUAUCCAGAGUAAUGUACACAGCAUAAUCAUGAAACCAUACGCAUAAUCAUAAAAGUACAUGUACAAGCAAACAAGAAAGAGUGUUUAACGCACCGCCACAACCUAAAAUCAUCCAGGGUAGAAGAUAAAAUGGCAGCAAUAAGCCUAGAUGUUAGGCAUAAAAAGUCUUUCAAAAUAAAGAUGUCUUCAUUUUUGGUGAGAGAGAUGCACAGGAGGCAGCCCGAUUGACUUUGUUUGCUAGGCCAUGUGGUGUUCUGUCUCUAUGGAGAGCCAAGGGAGUUGUAGCCUUCUAACUUUUGCCCCGGAUUAGAUGAAGCGGGAGUUCAUUGUCUACAACCCAUAGCCAACUACAGUGGUACCUCAGGUUAUGAACUUAAUUCAUUCCAGAGGUCUGUUCUUAACCUGAAACCAUUCUUAACCUGAGGUACCACUUUAGCUAAUGAGGCCUCCUGCUGCUGCCACCGCACAAUUUCUGUUCUCAUCCUGAGGUAAAGUUCUUAACCCGAGGUACUACUUCCGGGUUAGCGGAGUCUGUAACCUGAGGUGUUUGUAACCUGAGGUGUUUGUAACCUGAGGUACCACUGUACCUGCAAAUCUCUCUCCCCAGACUAGUGAGGACUGAUGGAGGCAGAGCCCUGGGCUCCAUUUCAUUUGAAUUUUUUGCAAACAAGUUCAUGUCUUUUGUUCUUCAGGCGUUUUCUGCUUUCUACUACGUAAUGAACUUUCUAAAUGCGACAAAAAAGCCUAUGGACCAAGUAAUAGAAGAAGUAAAGAACUUCUGCUCCAAACCCUGGAAUCAGGUAUGUCAUUUCCCCAAACUGGGAGGAAUAUGAGUCUUGACUCUGAGGAGGUGUGGCUUCCAUCUGGCAUCAGUCAUGGUUGGUUUGGUGGUGUGGAGCCACGCACCCAACACCAGCAUUGCUGUAGCCUUCCUGGGCAGAUCUGCCCUUGCCACUGCCCCAGCCCUGCUUAGGCAAUUUGCAGCACUAGGAGAGUUGGGAGGGCAGCUCUUCCCCAGCACACCAGCUGCUACUGGCCUUAGUGAUGCUUGAUGCACCAAAUCCAAAAUCACAUUGGCUGUAGAAGAGAAGCCCCACAGCCUCACUUGUCCUAACACAAGAUCUGCUGGAUUUAAGAGCUGUAUUUGCCAGUAUAUAUACGUGUUCAUGGAAGACAAUCUUACUUGGCUACCAGUGAUCACCAAAGAAUAUACACAUACCAAGAGAGUGAUUGCAAUGUUUGUUAAUUUUUGAUGCUAUUAUUGUGAACCCCUUUAAGCUCAAUAUUUGUUGCUGGAAAAGCAGAAUACAGUGGUAUCUCUGGUUACGUACUUAAUUUGUUCCGGAGGUCCAUUCUUAACCUGAAACUGUUCUUAACCUGAAGCACCAUUUUUAGCUAAUGGGGCUUCCUGCUGCCGCCACGCCGCUGGAGCCCAAUUUCUGUUCUUAUCCUGAAGCAAAGUUCUUAACCCGAGGUAAUAUUUCUGGGUUAGCAGAGUCUGUACCUGAAGUGAAUGUAACCUGAAGCGUAUGUAACCCAAGGUACCACUGUACAAAGAUUAAAGCAAAAUCACAUCUAUCUUUUUAUCUAUCUUUCUGUUGACACAUGAAAGGGAACUUCAUGUAGAAACACACAGCUCAGUCAUGGUUGUUCCAGGGAUGGUUGUAUAAAUCUGAAAGAUGGAGCACUUUGCUUCCAGGAAAAGGAAGAUGCCUGGAAAUAAACUGUCUUCCUUUCUCUCUGUCCAGGUGAAGGCUGAAUUUCCUGCAGUAAAGGAGAAGUACCUGAGUGAAUACUGCUUCUCAGCGACUUACAUUUUCUCGCUGCUCAGCCAGAGAUACAACUUCACCAAGGAGAAAUGGCAGGGCAUCCACUUCCUGGGGAAGGUAUCUCGGCAUGCAGAGACAGGAGCUGGGGAAUGGCGGGGUGGUGGUGAGUGGGAGGGCUGGGAAGCACCCCUUCCUCACUGGUGGAGAGGGAGCCGCAUACAGGCCCGCAAUACCUCAAGGACCGCCUCUCCCCAAAUGAACCAACCCAGACUCAUCGAACAUCAUCUGAGACCCUUCCUCAUGCGCCUCCUCUGCAAGAGGCCCGGCGGGUGGCAGCACAAGAACAGGCCUUUUCUGUGGUGGCCUGCCAUUUGUGCAAUGCUUUCCCCUGGGAAGUUCGCCUGGCACCUCCAAUACAUAGGCAAAAACAUUUCUCUUCACUAGGGGUUUGGCUGAUUAGCAUUCUCUUGCUUUUUAAAUGUGUUUGUUGGGGGAUGUGUUAUUGGUUUAUUUUGGGGGUUUUUUAUGUAUUUUGUAUUCUUCUGUUGUGAACCGCCCUGGGAUCUUCGGAUGAAGGGUGGUAUACAAAUUUAAUUACCAUAUUUUUUGCUCUAUAAGACUCACUUUUUCCCUCCUAAAAAGUAAGGGGAAAUGUGUGUGCAUCUUAUGGAGCGAAUGCAGGCUGCACAGCUAUCCCAGAAGCCAGAACAGCAAGAGGGAUUGCUGCUUUCACUGUGCAGCGAUCCCUCUUGCUGUUCUGGCUUCUGAGAUUCAGAAUAUUUUUUUUCUUGUUUUCCUCCUCCAAAAACUAGGUGCAUCUUGUGGUCUGGUGCGUCUUAUAGAGCAAAAACACGGUAAUCGUAAUAAAUGUGUCACUGCCCCCAUUCCUCACUUCCCUUAGCAGUUCCUCUGUGCUUUACAUCUCUCCUGCUGCUAGUGACCCUUCCCUUUUAUUUUCGUAUCUAUUUCAGAUUGGCAGCAGUGACGCCGGGUGGACUUUGGGCUACAUGUUGAACCUCACCAACAUGAUCCCUGCGGAGCAACCCUAUACACAACCGCUGUCUCAGUCUAGCUAUAUUACCCUCAUGGCCAUCUGCUCCAUUCUGGUGGUCUGCCUGCUCGUCAUAGGCUACGUGAGCUAUCGCAAACCAAAGUGCCUGAAAAAGGAAGUAAUUUAGAACUGGGGUUGGCCUAGCCCACAGCAAAAACACAGCAAAGACCACUAGAGCCCAGUGUUCUGCUGAAAUGGCUGACUUUGUACAAGGGCCUUCUGUGCCACUUACUCUAGCCACCAACAGAUGCCAAGAGAGCAGCGUGCUUUCCUUCUGUCAUCUUCCCCCAUCCUGGAGAUCCGCCUCCCAUCCUGAUCCUUGGUGGGGGGAGGGGAGCUGAUUGGUGUGGGGCUCACAUGCCCUAUGAAGAACACCUGCUUCUCUCAGGUCCACCCCUCUGUGCAUUGCCUCAGCCCUAGGAAUGAAACAUGUGGGGGAGGGGGGGCACCAAAUCAAAAAAUGGCCUGCUGGACAACGCAGGGACAGAUUCUAGCCUGGAAGGACCAGCAGCUCUCAGGGUUCCACAUCCUCUUUUGCUCCAUUGGAAAUGUCAACAGUCAUUCAUUUAAAAAAAAAAACACCUCCCGGCGGCACCUGUCACGUUCAUGGCGAAUCCGCUAGCACUUGCCAUGUCAUUUCCUGGGGAAGAUCCCCUCUUCGAGACUUUUGACAAAACAGGCUGUCCACACAACUAAUCGCCAGCCAGGAGAAAGCAGCGGAACGCACCCUAUCCAGAGAAGGGCUCAGAGCAAAAAUGUGUAUUUCACAGAAAUUAGUCUGUGAGAGAGGAACUCUUCCCCAAAGUGCCAUGGCUGCUACCUGGGCAAUAGGCCUUGUGCUUACUGGUCGACUUGCCUGCUAAUUGAAUGGAUUAGUCAAGGUGAUCCGCAGGCGGCCGCUCCCUACGGACUGUGUGGAUUCUGAACACUGAGGCCUGACGUAGCACACUCCUCCUAAAGCGUCCUCCUAUGUCAACAGUAUAGGUCUCUGGGAACAGUUAAAACCCAGCCUUGGCAUCCUGGUCCAAAUGAAACCAACUAUUCACUUUGCACACAUGUGUACAGCUCUGUAUUUGUAUUAAAUAUUAAAGAUGUUUUGAUUAA